AUGGCUCCCAAGACCACAUCCAAGCCCGCGACCAAGGCCAACCAGAAGGCCGCCUCCAAGCCGGGAGCCAAGUCGGCCAAGGCAUCUGCAUCUGCGGCCAAGGCCAAGCCCGCCGGCAAGGCUGCUCCCAAGGCUGCUGCGGCAAAGGCUGCCGCAAAGCCGAAGCCCAAGGCCAAGGCUGCCGACAAGAAGGACAAGGCCGCCGCUGACAAGCCCAAGGCCAAGGCCACCAAGGCUGCUGCCGCAAAGCCCAAGGCCACCAAGGCCGCCGCUGCUAAGCCCAAGGCCGCGAAGAAGGAGAAGAAGGAGAAGACGCCCGUUUCCGAGCCCGAGAGCGAGGCCGAGAGCGAGGCCGCCCCCGCCGCCGAGGACAAGCCCAAGGCCAACGGCUCGUCGCCCGAGCCCAAGCGCAAGGCCGAGCGUGCUCCUGCUCCCCCCAAGGCUCCUGCCCCCAUCAAGCGCCGCAAGAUCACCAACCGUCUCAACGAGCUGCCCUUGCCUGCGUCCGAAGGCAAGCAGGUCUUUGUUUGGGGUACCGGUGACAUGGGCCAGUUUGGUCUGGGCCCCGACGAGCUCGACGAGAAGCCCCGCCCCCAGUUGCACAAGUGGUUCCAGGAGCAGGCCGAGGAGGGCGAGCUCGGCUCGCCUGGCGGCAUCGAGACCAUCGCCGCCGGUGGUAUGCACACCCUCGCCAUUGACCAGAAGGGCCAGGUGCGCUCGUGGGGUAUCAACGACAACGCCGCUCUCGGUCGCAACACGGCCAAGAUCCCCGACCCGGAGAACGCCGGUGGCUUCCUCCCUGCCGACGAGUACGAGACUUGGCCCUUUGUCAUCGAGGCUCUGGUCAAGGAGAACUUCCGCGCCGUCAAGGUCGCUGCUGGUGACAGUGUCUCGGUCGCCGUCUCGGACAAGGGUGACGUUCGCGCAUGGGGCUCGUUCCGCUCCAACGAGGGUCUUCUUGGGUUUGACGGUGUCCCCGGCAACUCCCCCUUCCAGUUCACUCCCAUCGAGCUCCCAGCACUUGCCCGCGUCGAGGUUGUCGACGUUGCCUGCGGUGCCGACCACGUCCUUGCCCUUACCUCCGAGGGCCACGUCUACGUCUGGGGUAACGGCCAGCAGAACCAGCUCGGCCGCCGUGUCAUGGCUCGUCGUCAGUUGAACGGUCUCGAGCCCGAGCGCCUGGGUCUGCGUAACAUUGUCCACGUCGCUGCCGGUAUGUUCCACUCGUUUGCCGUCGACAAGGACGGUAUCGUCUACGCCUGGGGUCUGAACACUUUCCGCCAGACCGGUAUCGCCGACGAGGACGACGACAUGGUCAUCCGCCCCACCAUCGUCGACGCUCUGUCGCCUGCUCUCCACAACGGCUCCAAGGUCACCCAGGUCGCUGCCGGUGAGCACUACUCGCUCUUCCUCUUCGACAACGGCGAGGUCUACGGCUGUGGCCGCUGCGACGCCAACGAGCUUGGCCUUGCCUCGGACAACCCCGCCCAGGAGGGCAUCAAGGAGCGCCGCGCCGAGGAGAAGGCCCGCAAGGAGAAGAAGGUUGUCGACGCCCAGGCCGCUCUUGACAAGAUCAAGGCCGCCGACAACGCCGACGAGGAGGACAUCGAGGAGGCCCAGGCCAGCCUCGCCGAGGCUCAGGCUGGCGUCAACAUUCCCGGCGACGACAUGGUCCCCGAGCCCGUCCGCAUUGCCUUCCCUCCCAUCCCCGAGUCGUACGAGGUCGUCCCCGAGCUCGGCGCCUGGUCCGACGAACCCACCGUCAACCCCAUCGCCCAGCUCGCCGCGGGAACCCGUCACAACCUCGCCGUCUCCCGCUCCGGCCACCUGUACUCUUGGGGUCUGGGUAACGGUGCCCAGCUCGGCCUCGGCUCCGAGGAGGAGGCCGAGACCCCCACCCUCGUGCGGUCCAAGCAGCUCAGGCCGUACGACUCGGUCGCUCCCAGUGCUGGUGGCCAGCACUGUGUCCUCCUUGCCAGGAUCCGUGCCGACUAA